AUGUCCGAACAGGUCGAUCUUACCACUAUCCCGAUCUCGCCCACUGACGAGAACAAGCCUGAUGGCACCACCACAGAGGCCGCGAAGGAUUCCGGCGAGACUGUCACUGUCUUCCACGACAAGGACAAUUUCAAUGUCAAGCACCCGCUUUCGAAUCGGUGGACGCUCUGGUUUACCAAGCCAGCCAGUGGAAAGGGCGACAAUUGGAACGACUUGCUGAAGGAGGUCAUUACCUUUGAGUCAGUGGAGGAGUUUUGGGGCGUCUACAACAAUAUCGCCCCAGUCUCGGAGCUUGCCUUGAAGUCGGACUACCACCUGUUCAAGGAAGGUGUGCGGCCCGAGUGGGAAGACCCGCAGAACAAGCAUGGCGGCAAGUGGUCAUACCAGUUCAAGGAUAAACGGUCGGUCAACAUUGACGAGCUGUGGCUGCACACCAUGCUUGCUGCCAUCGGCGAGACGCUGGAGGAAGAGGAGGACGGUGAGGUGAUGGGCGUUGUCGUCAACGUCCGCAAGGCUUUCUACCGUAUCGGGGUCUGGACACGCACUACGGGUCGGCAUAUUCCCGGACGCGGAGACGGCGAUAUCGCUGGGGGCAAGGGCCGGUCGGCAGAGAAGGGCAAAGAGAUCCUGAUGAGGAUUGGCCGUCAGUUCAAGACUGUCCUCAAGCUGCCGCCCAACGAGCAGGUCGAGUUCUCCGGUCACACCGACAGUGCCCACAGCGGCAGCACGCGUGCCAAGGCGAAGAUGGUGGUAUGA